UUAAACUUGUAAUUAUCAUUAACAGAUAUAACUGAGUAGGUAGUAUAAAAUACCGUGCUGACCUUGAUGAUCGUCAAUUAUCUCAUUCUAUACUAUAAGUGAUAGCGUUUGUUUUUAUUCAUGUAACAAUUUUUCACAAAAACAACAGUUUCGCGACGAUUCAUUCAAUAUAUUUUUCGCGGUGAUUAUUUUAAGUUUGUUCUAUUAAGUACAUGAGAUCACAAGAUGCUUCAAUUAAUUCUCUUAGUACUUGUAAUAGUGCUGUUUUAUUGGUAUGCCAUAAAACCCAUGAACUAUUGGAGAGAUAGAGGAGUUCUUCAGCUAAAGCCGAUGUGGUUGUUUGGAGAUAGUUGGAGAUUAUUUCUUAGGUUAGAUUCGUUUGCAUCGAUGUUCCAGAGAGCCUAUGAUCUGGAUCCUGAUAGCAGAAUUGUGGGUUUAUAUCAAUUUACGACACCUGUAUUAAUGAUAAAAGAUCCAAAACUUUUGAAAAAAAUAAUGUUAAAAGAUGCAGAAUAUUUUAUGAAUAGAAGACAAAUUCUUCCCGAAAAUGGAGACCCACUAUUUACCAAAAACUUAAUAGGACUAAAAGAUCAAAAAUGGAAGGACAUGCGCCACAUUCUUAGCCCAUCCUUCACCAGUAGCAAAAUGAAGACGAUGUUUACACUGAUCGAAGAAUGUUCUAUCAAUUUUGUAAAACACAUAAGUGAAAAAAACCAAAAUGUGGUACAAGUAACAAUGAUGGAUGUCGGUGGACGAUUUACAUGCGACGUUAUUGCUUCGACUGCAUUUGGUUUUCACAGUAACUCUCUUGAAGACCCGAAUAACGAUUUUUAUGUAAUGGGUGAUGACAUUACAAAUUUUACUGAUAUAAAGAAGUCUUUUAAGGUCCUCGGGUUUAUGUUAAUUCCUAAAGUAUUAGAGUUUUUCAACGUUUCCUUCUUUGAUGGAUAUUCCAGACAAUUUUUCUUGGAUCUCAUAGCAAAAACAUUAAGAGAGAGAGAAGAAAGAAAUAUCGUUCGACCCGAUAUGAUUCAUUUAUUAAUGGAAGCGAAGAAAAAUUUAGAAUCUGAAAAGUCCUCUUCUGCUAUACAAGAAAUAAACGUAGAAGACGUUACUGCACACGCUAUCAUUUUUUUCUUUGCUGGUUUUGAUUCAGUAUCUAGUUUGAUAGCAUUCACGUCCUACGAACUAGCUAUUCAUCCAGAUAUACAAGAUAGAUUAAGACAAGAAAUUGAUGCUGGGUUUGAAGAAUGUAACGGUAAAAUGAACUACGAGACGUUGAUGAAAAUGAAAUAUUUAGACAUGGUUAUCUCAGAAAGUCUAAGAAAAUGGCCAAGUUUUCCCUUGUCAGACCGAUGGUGUAACAAAACCUACACGAUAGAACCCGAAGACCCAAGCGAGAAGCCAAUAAUUGUCCAAAAAGACUUAUUGAUACAAAUUCCUAUUAAAGCAAUCCACCACGAUUCCAAAUACUUCCCUGAUCCAGAACGCUUUGACCCCGAACGAUUUAACGACGAAAACAAGGACAAGAUUGACCCAUAUACAUAUCUACCAUUCGGACUAGGACCUAGGAACUGUAUUGGUUCAAGAUUUGCUCUGAUGGAGACCAAGAGCUGGUUUGCACAUGUACUCCAUAAUUUUGAGAUAGUUCCAACUGCAGACACUCAAAUUCCCGUACAAGCAUCUAAGAAACAUUUCACUCUGCAUCCGGAAGGUGGCUUGAAGUUAGGCUUUAAAAGAUGCCAAAAAAUAUGAACUAAUUUUCACUAUUAUAUUUAGUAUUUUUAUCCAACCUUUUGGUACCCAAUUUAGUCUAGGGGCCAGAACUCGUUCGUGACCACAAGUUUUAAAGUGAAUUUUAAUUAAUUUUGACCCGCUGAAUUCGAAUUUUAAAUUGAUUUUUGUGUCGGAAUUGACUAACAAAUAUAAAUCAUUUUUACAAAAUGCCAUUUGUUCCGUUACAGAAAACCUAUAAAAUGAUGUUUGGUAAACCUUGAUCCAGUAAGAAGAACGGGAGAUAUAGCAAAAACAUUGCAAAAUUAUGGCAUUUAGAUGAUAUCUCUUAUAACUCGGAUGCAUUUGGAGCAAAAUAACUUUAUAUCAGCUCAAAUUAAAGGAAAAACUACCAACUUUAAAAUUAAAUCUUAAUUAUAAUAAAAAUAUCAUUUAAAACAAAAUUAUAGCAAUUAUAAACGGAAUGUUUUUAUUUAAAAAAGGCAUGUAAUUUAUUUAUAAGGUUUUAACUACUAAAACUUUAUAUUAUUGCAAAACAAAUAUAUUUUUUAUUGUCA